AUGUGUCCAUGGAAAAUACGAAACACGAGCAAGAAGCCUGACGUCAUGCAUCAAUCCAGGAAAGUCAAAUCACAGGAACAACAUGUUCCACAGCAUCUCCCUCAAAGUAGUCCUCUCAAUCGAGUAUUUCCGCACUGCUAUGCAAAGCAUACCCAGACCGCGAGCAAAAAGCUUACUUGCAUCUCAGAAUUGAUACAAACACUAUUCUGGCCCCACUACCCCGCGACUCAGCCCUGUCUGACCUCUAUAUGUGAUGAAGAUACGCUGACGAGGCACGUCCAUAGCACUCUGACAUAUAUGCGGCUCGCGUAUCGGCGCCAGCCCUACUGCAUAUCUGAAACAAGUUCAGACGGGCUUAUAAUACUCCAGAACGCUCGAUAA